UAAUUUUUAUAUAAUAAGCAUUAACCUUUUUAAUUUAUAAAAUUAAAUAAAAAAAAAGAAGAAGAAAGAAGCUAACCCACAGAGAAAAAGCACCAUCAAAAUGAAACUCAACCCGAGUUAGUUAUUCCCUAAUUCCAACUCCUUUUGGGUUUCCUCACAGUCCUUAAUCACAGAGCAAGACAGAAAAACCGAAAGAAGAGACAGCAGAGAGUGGAAAGAAAUCUGUGAAAUGAGUUGCAACGGUUGUCGAGUGCUGCGAAAAGGUUGCAGUGAAACAUGUCCUUUGAGGUCGUGUCUGCAAUGGAUCGAAUCCGCUGAAUCGCAAAGACAUGCCACUCUGUUCCUUGCUAAGUUCUUUGGCCGCACCGAUUUAAUGUCCUUCAUUGCUUCAGUUCCCCAAACCAGAAGACCUGCAUUGUUUCAGUCUCUGCUGUUUGAAGGGUGCGGGCGAACGGUAAAUCCGGUGAACGGUGCCGUGGGACUUCUGUGCAGCGGAAACUGGCACCUGUGUGAGGCGGCGGUGGAGACGGUGCUCGCCGGAGGGGUUCUUCGAGCGCAGCCGGAUACAGUGGCCGGAGCUUCCACUGAUUCGCGCCGCCCUUUCCGGCCACUAAGAUUGGAACAUGAUGCGAGGGAGAUUAAUGAGAACUCAUCAAGUUUGAUGAACAGAGCAGAGGAACCGGAAACGGUGCGUUACGGUGGUCAUAAGAAAAAUCAGAUCUUAAAUUUGUUCGUAUAAGAUAACAAGGGGUUACACAUGUUGGCAUUAUCAUGGGACACUUUUGAAUUUUACUAAAAAAAUAUAAAUUCUUGAAAUAAAUUUAAGUGGUUG